ACCAACUGCAAGUCAAAUCGUGAAUUGUUUGAAUAGAUAUCUUACAAAUAAUAAAUAUAACAACGAGAAUAUCAAAUCAGCCGAAUUCAAAAGAAAACUAAGGAGGGUUGGCAACAAUGAACAAAACAAAACAAAAAAGGAUUUAUUUUUAAAAACUAAGCAAGAUUCUGCAAUUGUUAAUUUAUGUAUAUCAGCAGCUUUUGCUGCUAGGGCUGGACUGGGGUUCGAAGAAAAUUUUGAUAACAGUGAAGGAUUUUAUGACAUACAAUCUGCUGACUAUACGUAA